AGAGAGCUUUGGUCGUACAAGGGAGUGGGGGUCCUACCGGAACAGUACUAGUAGUACCGACAUUGUUGGAGUCCCCGCCCUCGAGACACAACGUCGUAUCGCUACUGCUAGUACUAGUAGUACUAACGGUAGUGGUACUACGAGUCGUCCAUGGCGACUACAACAGUACUAGAACGGCCGGUGCUGGUCGACGGCACGGUAGAUCCGGAGCAACCGGUGGGCAAGCCAUGGGCGGCCCCCGGUGUGCCAAAACCAGAAGACCAAGGUUCGUACGGUACCAGUCUGCGGCAGCACUACUGCUGCUGCUGCUGCUGUUUCGAACGGGAGCAGGACUCUUCGGUCCGGGACCGAAGGGGACCCAUCGGCCGAAGGACGGUCGGUCGUCCCGCGAAGGCAAGGCACGGCACGGGUCGGUUCGUGUUCGUACGGCACACAACACAACACGGCACGGCACCCCGAGCCACCGGUGGCAAGUGCRGGACCCAGCGUCCGAAGGCACCCCCGGGUGGUGGGUGUGGGCAAUUUCCUUCUCUGGCAGGGGAUGUGUGUUGUGUUGCGAGCGCUGCGGCGACUCCGGCUUCCGGCGAUGCCAUGGCAUGGCUGCCGCGAUCCGCGUUGCUUCGUACGGUGCCCAAAACAAGCACUACGGCAUCGUUCGCCUUUUGCGAACAGCACAGCGGGGCAGUGUCUCGAUACUGUAAAUCUAAUUCGUUUAUACUAUUGUA